CCCUUCCGCAACUGUCAAGCCGAAGACAAAACCGGACGAUCACCUCAACAUCACCUAUUUUUUUUUAACAAGCAGCGAUAUAUCUGCCUGAAAAUUUUCCCAGUGUACCACCUGUUCGGCAAUCGUGACGGGUGACUGGGAUUGUCAAGCAGCAGCGCAUCCAACCACCGACAGGAUGGCUGGUUCGUCCCCCGCUCGCCCAAACGGCAACCAGUGGGCAAGCUCGUCCUCGCGAUCAGUCAUAUCCGACAUUCUUGCUGGCGACCGCAAUUCCGAGGCCCGACAUAGACUUCUGAUUGAGGCCGCUAGGAGGGAACAUGAACGUGUACGCGAGGAGGCCGAAAGAGUGUACCAGGAACACCUCUUGAGACAAGAGCAGGAACGUCUGGUCGAGGAGCGCAAGAAAGAGGAGGAAAGGAUACGAGCAGAAGAACAACUUGCUGCUGAGCGAAGGAAGCUUAACGCCCUCAAGGCGAAGAAAAUCGAGAUCCCGCCCGUUCUGCCCGACUUCGAGCCAGCAAAGGCACCAUCUCCAGCCCCGAAACCUGCCUCAACGGCAUCCCCAUCACAACCACCCGCGACCCAAGUCAAUGGCAAAACACUUUUCGGAAAGCAACCCGAGUUGCAGCCAGCGUCUGCACCGGCUGCAUCGAAGCCUUUUGGAGGAUUUGGACAGACACUAACAAGUGCGCAACCUGCCACUGCUGCCCUGAAGCAAUCAACGCCUGCAUCUGCAGCCUCUUCUCAGCUUGCGACCAGUAACUUGCUAGGGAACAAUAUCCAGGUCAAUGGAACCGCCACGGCCACGACCAUUGCCAAAUUACCGACACCAGCACCCGUGCAACAAGGAGCGGACCGAUUGGCAGUGAUACACAAAAGCCUGAAAGAGCUGCGGAAGUCUAUGUUGGAUCAAGCAAAAGCAAAUCAGGCGCUCAAAGCCCGUAUGGGAGAUAUGCGUCGAGAGAUCAGGAAGUGUGUUGGACAACUCACGGGAGGCGGCGCAGGAGUCAACCGUCAACAGAACAAUACCAUUGCUGCUCUACUACGCGAGGCGCUCGAAAACCGCGUACAAUCCCAGCUCGUUGACCCGAACACCUUCCUCGUCGAAUCACGAGCCCCAGUCCAAGGGCCUACCAACAACGAUCCGCAGGUCCCGUCGCUAUUUAUCUAUCUACUGAAUGUCUUCGCUAAGGCCACCAUUUCCCAGUUCAUCAACGAAGGCGGUCCACGACCAGAGACAGCCGAUCCCGUGGGUGUCUGUAUUGCCGCCGUGUUUUCCGACCCGGCAUUCGCGUGGCGUGGGGCUUCCAUGAUCGACAUCCUUCUCGCCAAGUUCCGCAUCGUCUGUCCCGUCCUGUGGGGUUAUAGGGGCAGCGAGAAGACGGAGCAAGGACGCGCCAGGAUAGGGUGGUGGAAGGACAAUGGAAGAUGGGUUACGGAGCAGGUGCAUUUUGACCGAAUGACGGGUCUCGGUGCCGGCUUCGCCGCGAUAUCGUUGCGAAACUUCGCCUCGUCCAAGAAGCAAAACCCAUACCCACCACGACAUUACUGGGCGGCCAUGGCGAAGAUUGUCAAUACCCCUUCGGGGGAAAUCUCAAAUACCCAGUGUGUGGUUCUGAAAGCUAUGAUCCAGAACUACGAGGAGAAGUUUAUCCAUGCAUAUGGAACUGCUGCCCUCGCGGCGUUGAGGACCGCGCUCGUAGAGUUCCCUGCUCGGGCACCGGUCAAGUCGAGUGCCGUGAACUCGUUGCAGGUUGUCCAUGAUCUGCUCAGGAAGAGUACUGGAGCUGCUCUUGGAUAAAUAAAGUGGUCGUGUCAGGGGAAUGGGGUUGGUGUGUUGUGUGUCAGAAAGAAAAGUCAUAUCAAGGGCGUUCAGGAGUUGGUCAUUUGAGGUUUUCAGCAUCUUGGAAGGAUAACGUCUGCCAUGUGCCGGUUACGAAAAGUUAGUGUUCUUCCAGAAGAAGCUGAAAGGCCGGGCUUCCCAGCGUAUUUGGCGCUUUCUGUUAUAUACCCAGCGUAUCUACAAUCAAGGCGGCGAAGCUCGUAGUGGGCAUACAGAAACAAAACCUAGCACAUCGGCACUCAGGG